AGCAGAUAAUGGAAGAAGCUGUCACCAGGAAAUUUGUGCACGAAGACAGCAGUCACAUCAUCGCCUUAUGUGGGGUGGUGGAGGCAUGCCUCCUGCACAUGCUGAAGCGCAGAGCCGCCGGCUUCCUCCGGACCGAUAAGGUCGCCGCUCUCUUCACCAAAGUGGGCAAAACAUCUGCGGUAGCGGGGGACAUCUGCAAGAAAGUGCAGGAGCUGCAGCAGCAGGCGGAAGGCAGGAGGAAUCAGUUGAGUGGGCAGGAGUCCCUCAAGAGACAAUGUUCUGCCUCAGGCAAAACGCCUGUCCUAACGCCGCAGGCCCUCAGACACAUCUGGGUGCGGACGGCCUUGAUUGAGAAAGUGUUGGACAAAAUCGUGCAGUACCUUGUGGACAACUGCAGCAAAUACUAUGAGAGAGAAGCUCUAUUGGCAGAUCCUGUGUAUGGACCAAUCCUAGCUUCUCUCCUUGUUGGGCCGUGUGCACUAGAAUAUACCAAGCUGAAAACAGCUGACCACUACUGGACAGACCCUUCUGCAGAUGAACUGGUUCAGCGACACCGGAUCCAUGGAGCUCACGGGCGCCAGGACUCACCAUCAAAACGCCCGGCGCUGGGAAUCCGGAAGCGGCACUCAAGCGGGAGCAUGUCGGAAGACCGGUUUGCGGCUUCGGCCAGAGAAUAUGUGGAGUCUUUGCACCAGAAUUCAAGGACGCACCUUCUGUAUGGGAAGAAUAACGUCCUGGUCCAGCCCAAGGACGACAUGGAGGCAAUUCCAGGCUAUCUCUCCCUGCAUCAGUCAGCAGAGAGCUUGACUUUGAAAUGGACACCCAAUCAGCUCAUGAACGGCACCCUGAGGGACUCGGAGCUUGAGAAAAGUGUGUACUGGGACUACGCCUUAAUCGUGCCAUUUAGUCAGAUUGUCUGCAUUCACUGCCAUCAACAACCAGAAAGAGGAGGGACGUUAGUACUGGUGAGCCAGGAUGGGAUCCAGAGACCUCCACUCCAUUUCCCACAGGGCGGUCAUCUCCUCGCUUUCCUCUCCUGCCUGGAAAAUGGGCUUCUGCCACGAGGACAGCUAGAGCCCCCACUUUGGUCACAGCAGGGCAAGGGUAAAGUAUUUCCCAAACUCCGGAAGAGAAAUAACAACAAGUCAGUGGACCUGGAGGAAAUGCCAGAGGAAUCCGCUACGGACUACGUCUUCAGAAUUAUCUAUCCAGGACACAGGCACGAUAACAUAACUAUUAACUACCACCACUUAGCUGCCAGCCGCUCUGCCUCAGUCGAUGACGACGAGGAGGAGGAAGACAGGCUCCACGCUAUGCUCUCAAUGAUCUGCUCUCGGAACCUCACAGCUCCUAAUAGGAUGAAAGACUCCGGCGACAUGAUAGAGAUGCAGGGAUUCGGUGCGAGCUUGUUGUCCUGGCAGCUGGAGCACUGCAGCCAAGGGUCCUCGUGCCUCUCCUGUUCGACGGGCAGCUCUCCCUAUGACCUCCCCAGCUGCUGCAACUGCAUUCACGACAGAACCCCAUUAAAGAUGCUGUGUGAAAGCAUGAAGAGACAGAUUGUUUCCAGAGCAUUUUAUGGAUGGCUUGCCUACUGCCGCCACUUGUCCACCGUGAGAACGCAUCUGUCUGCCCUCGUGAACCACUCAAUUGUCCCGCCUGACAAACCUUCCAGUGCAACUGGAGGCCUGACAAAAGAGGUCUGGAGUAAAUAUCAAAAGGACAAAAAGAAUUACAAGGAGCUAGAGUUACUCAGACGCGUGUACUAUGGAGGAGUGCAGCACGAGAUUCGAAAGGAAGUGUGGCCCUUUUUACUCGGGCACUACAAAUUUGGCAUGACCAAAAAAGAAAUGGAUCGGGUGGAUGAGGACAUUGCUCUCAAAUACCAGAAGGUCAUGGCCGAGUGGAAAGCCUGCGAGGUCAUCGUGAAGCAGCGGGAGAAAGAGUCGCACUCCGUCAUCUUUGCUAAGUUUUCAUCAGGCAGCAGCAUCGACAGCCACGUCCAGCGAUUGAUCCACCGGGAUUCCACCAUCAGCAACGACGUCUUCAUAUCUGUAGAUGACAUGGACUCAGCAGAUCGAGACUUCAAAGGUCCAGAUGACCCCUCUUUGACUGUGGUGAAUGUCGACACGCCGGUUGCGGCUGCUGUGGUUGAACAGCAGUCGGUAGAAUUUGAUUCUCCCGACUCGGGGCUGCCUUCUUCUCGGAACUACUCGGUAGCUUCGGGCAUCCUGUCCAGCAUCGAUGACGGGCAAAGUGUCAGCUUUGAGGAUGGGGCUGAGGAAGAUGUGAACACGGACUCAGAAAGACCAGAUCUGGACCCGACCCAGGCUCAGAAAGCCAAAGCGGUUGUCUUGGAGUCUCAGGAUCCUGUAAUGGAGGAACAGCUGUGCUCCCAGCUGGAUUAUUUAACAUCCAGCGAGGACAUUGGCUCUGUCUGCAUGGCUGCCUAUACAAUAGAACUGCUGGACACAGUUGCCUUAAAUCUGCAUAGAAUCGAUAAAGAUGUCCAGAGGUGUGACCGGAAUUACUGGUAUUUUACUGCCGCUAACCUGGAGAAACUCAGAAACAUCAUGUGCAGUUACGUUUGGGAGCACCUGGAUGUCGGAUAUGUCCAAGGCAUGUGUGACCUACUGGCUCCUCUCAUGGUUAUACUUGAUAAUGAUCAACUGGCCUACAGCUGCUUCAGCCACCUCAUGAAGAGAAUGAGCCAGAAUUUCCCCAAUGGGGGUGCUAUGGACACACAUUUCGCCAACAUGCGAUCGCUGAUCCAGAUUCUCGACUGUGAGCUCUUUGAGCUGAUGCACCAAAAUGGAGACUACACCCACUUUUAUUUCUGUUAUCGUUGGUUCCUGCUUGAUUUUAAAAGAGAAUUGUUGUACGAGGAUGUAUUUACAGUGUGGGAAGUUAUUUGGGCAGCAAAGCACAUCUCUUCAGAACAUUUUGUCCUUUUCAUUGCCUUAGCAUUAGUGGAGGUCUAUCGAGAGAUUAUCCGUGAUAACAACAUGGACUUCACUGAUAUUAUCAAGUUUUUUAAUGAAAUGGCGGAGCAUCACAAUGCCCAGGAAAUCCUGAAAAUUGCAAGAGACCUCGUCUAUAAAGUGCAAACGCUGAUUGAAAAUAAGUGAAUGUGGACAGAGAGGAACACGGGCUUAGUGCUGACUGUGGGACGAAGCAUUUCUUGCACUGUCACUUCAGAUGAUGUUUUAAGUGCAUCUUCCAUGUAAUGUAGUAAAUAGCCCAGAGAUUUAUACUAGACUUUUAAAACAAACAAAAUUUUCCACCUCGAGCUGAGGAGGUUUGUGUUUGAUAGUCCUUGUUACGCUCAGUUUGUAUUUUGAGGCAAAACACUUUUUUUUUCUUUUUGGCAUUCUAGCCUAUCCUAGUCUCCAGAUAUUAUGCAGCUACAUGUUUGAGAUACAGAAGGGAUUUUUGGAGUCAUAUUUUGGCCUAUCAGACCCUUAACACACUUGGCAUAUUUUGUGCUUGACUGAAACUCCCCGGGCUAGCAGACUUACGGCCCAAUUCAACGCCCACUGAAGUCGAAUUCUGUGUGCACUGGACCAGGAUCUUAGGAAAGCAAAUGUUGUGGCGCUCACCUAGGAUAUGUGAAAGGAUGCACCAGCUCCCAAGAGUAUUUUUGCCUGUUUAAUGACUGCCCAUCACAUUAUCUAGAACCAUGUUAAAAAGCAUGCUGUUGAAGAGACUAAAAAUACCAGGCCUCCUAGAACCAGAGACGCUAGCCAGCUUACUCAGAAAAAUCCUGGUCAGACAUCUCAAAACAUGACAGGUGUUGAUCGUUAAACUUAACGAUAGCCCUUGCUAGCAUUUCUGUGACAUUGGUCUUUUUCAGAUCAAUCAGUUUUCAGCGGCCAAAGCCCUUGAGUAGGUGCUUAAAGUUACAUUUGUUAUUAAAUCCACCCCAACUCAGCUAACCACUACGUUUGCUUAGUGUGAAAUGUAUAGUUAGUGAGAUGCUGAUGCUGGGCCAGAAAGAUUGCAGUCUCUGUAGGGUAGGAGCUAGCUUUUUGUUCCGUGUUUGUACAGUGCCUAGCAUAAUAGGGGGUCCUACCACAAUAUGAAUAAUUGUAAUAAAAAGAGGAUCCAGCUAUCAGGGUUACGUGUCUGCUACCUUUCCCCACACCAAGUAGUUAGCACCUUACACUGCAAGUACUCCAGGGUGGCAGAAGCUGGCCCUAUAGAGUUUACACUUUCAGGUUAGUCAGGUCUUGGUAUGAGGUUGAAUGCAUGGGAAAUUAAGCCCCUUCUCAUAUGGUUGGAUCUCCUGCUCAGGCAUUCCCGCACCUGGAGCGAUGGUCCGUUCAAUGGAGCAAGUGCAGGAAUCUGCAACAGGCAAACUGACUGGAAUGGGGCUUUACUGUCAGGGCUGUCCUUUCGGUUUCUGGUGCCCUACAUGGAGGCAGUGGGGGAAUAAAAUGGCUGCUCCAGAGGGUGGUGGGGGGUGCUGCACUCAAGGCUCUGGAGGGACAAGAAGGCAUAGAUGCAGGAACUGGAGGGUGUUGCAGCACCCCCACAUUUUACAUCGGGUCGCAGCUGCUGCCAGACCCACACCUGGGGCCCCGGCUGCCACAUGGGCCUCCGCUGCCGGCCCUGAACCCCGGGUCCCCACAUAUGCAGCAUGCAUCUGCCUAGGGCACCUGGUGCCCCAAACUGAGUAGCACCCUGCACAGCUGCAUAUUUUGCAUAUGCGUGAGGAGGACCCUGUUUGCUGUGGCCCCUCCUGAAUACACGUGAAUGCCCUGCAGUUCACGCACCUGACUUUUCAGAAAGGCUUAGGGCUGAUCUUAGGAGGACCACGGUCCUUUUGAAAAAUAGAAUCCGGAACAUCAUGAAUUCUCAUGCAGGUAACAGCACCGUGCCUGAGGAACACAGUGUGUUUUGUUGAACUAGUCUGUAUUUGAUUGCAGCCUGAAUUUCCCCGUGUAAACAUGCAAUAGCCCUCUCUGUCAUUUGCGGGUUCCCGACUUUCUGCAGCAUUCAUCUCCGUCUCAGGCUGAAAGUGUGUAGCAGUGGCACAAUACUUAUACCUCCUCUGCUGGGCUAAGGAGCUAUGACAAUUUAAACCAGCUGAGGAUCUGUCCUAGGUCUGUAACAGUCAAAAGCCCAGUCUCAGGAUGUCUCUGGCUACAGUGGAACAGCAUCACCACGCACUCUAGUACAUGUCUAGAUCCAGACGUACCAGGAGAGGCUUCAGCCUGAACAGUUGCAUUGCAAGUGUAAUGCUAUAGCAGAGAGAGUGAUUGAUCACUGUGCUGGCACGAGAGACAGUCUGAGCCCAAUGAAGUUACACGCUGAUUUCAGUAGACGCAGGCACUUUAAAACAUUCAGCUGUGCAAGAUUCAUGCCUUGCAAGGGGGACUUGUGCGCCUAAAUAGUUCAGCACUUUUGGAAAUUCCAUCCGUUGCCAAUGUGCCUCGACAUUAAAGAUGGUCAAAUCUUUCCCAAGGGAGAGCUGGUAAAGUUAAAUUUGGUCCUGAACUGAAACCCGGAUCCAAAUGCUGUUAGAGUUUGCAGCUCAGUUUACAUCUGCUUGAGUUACCUUUGGAGAGUUGAAUUUUCAAAAGGCUCACAGCUUGCCUGACUCUGUUUCCAUUGGGAUCACUGGUGAAACUCCACAUUGGAUUGUGGUAAAGCAGAGUUAGGCCAAUCCUAACCACUUCUGGAAAUCAGGCCUAUAACAUAUUAGUCUGUCUGAGAGAAUUUUUAAACAGAUUUCUCCUAAGAAGGGAAUAAAUCAGUGUUGUAUUUUUAAAACCUACAUCAGUUUCUGCAGUAGAAUGAACAAGACCAGAGUUAGAAAAAUUCAAGUGUUGUUUUCACUAAAUAGCGUUAGAACAGUGAUUGUUUAUCCACUGUUUCAGUGCAUCUUUUACACAGUAUAGCGGGUUUGGUAAACAGAUGCAUUUCUGGAACAGAUUAUAACCCGCAAGUGGCCCACUGUGAAAUCGGAGGCACAUUACUGUCAAUUACAGUCUGUGCAAAGUUACAGAUUGAAUUAUGCCAAAGAAUCAGUACACGACCCUAUUCCUCUUUGUUAUAUUUUUACAAAUCAAGGCAAAAAGUUUCAGGUAUAUAAAGACACAACCAACUUUUGUAUCCUUAAUAUUAAUGAGAUGUAUAGCCACCUUAAUAUUCAAUAAAAUGGGCAUAGGCCCUUUUAUUUUCAGAUUUUUUUUUUUUUUUUGAGAAAAAAAGAUGUUAAAUUAUAGAGUUUCAGAUAUAUAACCUGUAAUGUGCCCAUACCUCAUGAAGUUAGGGGGAAAUCGCCUUUAACUUGAUCCACUUUCCAUAGACCGUUGACUUCGAUGAAUGAAGAUUUGUCAUUUAUGCCUUACUUGACCAAGUAAAUGGUGUGUGUUCAAAACAAGGAUUCAGGCAAAAACAAAAAAAACAUUUCAGAAUAUUGUUGCAACAUCCUGGCUACAUCACUCUGUGUGUCUAUUGUUAAUAAGCUGUGUCAUUUGUAAAGUAUCUUAGGUCUUUAAGAGGACUGUCCGUCAUUCCAACUACACCUAAAUAUCAUGCCGUCAGUUACCACUGUCAGCGUUCAUGUGAGUACCGCUAAGGAGAGACAUGAGAAGUUUGGUGCCAUGUUUCUUUGUGAUUUCACAAAACAGAGUGGAGGAAAUAGCAGAGUAGUUUAAAAUGCCUCUCAGUUUCAAUUCAUUCCAGGUGGGGUUUGAGCACCACCCUCUCCCAAAUGGCCAAUACAUAAAUAGCCCCCUACCCUUGCCUCUUUUCCAUGAGAAAAGCUGCCGCGCGCAGGAUUGUGCCAUCUUGCAUUUGAGCUAUCCUGACUUUUGCCAAGGCUUGCUUGCUUGCUUCUGGUGUUCAGCAAGAAGCCGUUCUAUCCAGGUAGAAAGGGGAGGAAGGGUUAUGCAGAUAGAUUCUAUAUAGCAGCACGUGGACAAAAAGGCAAAGAAAACCUGGUCCUUUGAAAGUAAGGACUAGACCUUCUUCCCAAAAUGCAGGUCAUUAGCCAAUGGUUAAAAUAAAGACACCAAGCAAAAAGGUUUGAAUUAAAUAUUGUUGGCGUGGUAAACAAGUCCUGUGGAGAGCUGCUUUCUUAAGGCUGGACCUGCUAACUUCCCUUGAGUAGGCUCACUAAAAAAAAAAAGCAGCAGGAUUUGUCCCUAAAGGGUGUUAAGGGGCAGCAGUGUGUGUAUGUAGCAGUGGUCUAUUGGAGCAAUGAGUUAAAAAGGCCAAAGUCUCUCUUUUAAACAUCAGCCUGGCUUGGGAAGGUACCAGUGGAUCUAUGAAAAAAAAACACAAAAACAAAUUGAGUGUCAUCAACUUAAUGAUUGUUUCUUUGAAUUCCUGGGAUGCAUUAUAGCAUCGCUUUCAAAUCGUUCCCUACUUUCCCAGGCUGGCAGGCUUGAUCCAGGACCAGUUCAUUAGAUCUAGUCAGCCAUUUGUUCUGUGCUGAGAGCUGACCAUUAAGCUGCAUCUUGCAUUUUCAAAACCAAGAAGGGUCAAAAAGUGCAGAAGAUUAAGGUGUAUGCAAAUAGGCUGAAGUUCGAUGUGUGGAGAACGUCUGUUAAAGAAGAACCCUUUUCUUAAGUCUAUAACAAUGCCAAACUAAAAGGCAUUUGAGGAGGAGGAGACCAGUUGCCACCCAAUAAUUUGGGAAUGCUCAAAGGUAAAUUAACAAAACCAUUCUGUUAAUGGCAUGCUAGCCGCCAAAAACCACUAUUAUUUAUAGCUUUGUGUCAAAUUGUAUUAUAGCCCAUUGCAUGGUUGCUGGAGGGUCUUAACAAAUGCUUUACGAUUUGUGUAUCUGUUUGUUCAUUUGAGAGGUGAAAACAAAAAUCUGUUAAAAAUCCCGUCAGAAGAAAAAACUCUCUCCAACAAACCCAGCCUGAGGACUUUAUGUUAAAAAAACUGCACUAUUUUUUUUGUUUGGAAUGUACUAUACAACUCUUUACUAUGUUUAGAAAAAACCAACCCUCUGCAAACUUUGUUGUAUCUGGUCUGCAUUCUUGUAUUUUAUGACUAUUGUGCAUUGCCUUAUUUAUUUUUGUCAAGAGCAGACUAUGUUUCCUUUAUUGCUCAAAAUUAUUUAUCUUUAAAUGUAACAUAUGAAUAAUACAUAUUGU